GCUCUGUACCAGUAUAUCCAAAGCUGUAUUCGUUUUAUAAAAGGGAUCGCACAAACACGGUAGUCAUAGUCAUCAAGAAUACGUCUUUUAGGUGAAAUCGUAAAAUAUGAUUUGGAUACUCGUUGUUUCCCAGUUCUUAAUGGGAUUCCCAACCAAUGCAAAUAUUGAACAGAAUCAUUGUCAUCUAAUUGAAGAGUACAAGCACUUUAAGACUGCCAUGGACGAGUACAAGCAAUUUCAGAUUACCAUGGACACGUACUUGGCAUCAAGUGACGGCAUCUGUAAAGGCGUAUUUUAUAACUAUACUGAUUGUGCAAGUAUUUUGAAGGAGUAUCCGAAGGCUGAAGAUGGCGUGUACAGGAUAAAACCUUCAGACGAACAAGGCUCGUUCAAAACGUACUGUGACAUGACCCAACAUGGCGGCGGCUGGCUGGUGAUACAGCGGAGAGUGGAUGGGUUGGAGGAUUUCUACAGGACUUGGUUUGAGUACAUGGACGGCUUUGGCAAUCUCACUGGGGAGUUCUGGCUGGGUAACGAAAAGAUACACCGUUUAACCCGCCAGACAACAUACGAAUUACGAGUUGACCUAACGUUUUUGGACGGUAAGACUGCAUAUGGUCAUUACAACAACUUCCGACUUGCCAACAUGUCGAACUUCUACAGGCUUGCCGUCAGUGGAUUCUCGGGGAAUGCAGGUGACUCUCUGGCUGGGCAUAACGGUAUGCGCUUCACCGCCAAGAAUCUGGAUUUGGACACACACAAGACCAAAAACUGUGCUGUCAGUUAUCACGGAGCAUGGUGGUACAAAGCAUGUUACAAUACCAACCUCAACGGCAUCUACAACGACACGACAUCGAAAGGAAUAAGAUGGGCCAGCAAGCAUACUCAGCAUACAAGUAUGAAAAUUCGCCCGCUACACAGAAACAAAGAAGAAUAGCGGCACACCGCGAGGCUCAUUAAUGUCAUGUUAUUAUUGUUUUCUUCAGAACUGAUGGAGAAAUAGGGCAAUACAUGCAAGUGAACAAAGUACAACGCCAAAUGGAAUCUGUUUCUUGCAUUGACAUUUUAUAUCAAAAGCAGCUAACACCAAAAUUGUUAGGAGUGGCACUUAUAAUCUAUAGAUUGUUCUAUGUAACCUAUGCUUAGUCUAAAGUGCAAUUCCUGACAUAGUAGCAAAAUACUUGUGGCCGAGAAACCGUGGGAUAUCUAGAAUAGGCUUCAGCCUUAGUCCGUGAGGAGACAAGACGAGAGAUUAUGGGUUUCUAGAUGAUACAUGAUUGUGUAUGAAUGGAAUAAAUACUUUUCAACUGAA